GUGUCUGACGGUGUAGUGUAGUGACGCUGUUUAUUUGUGAAGAUACUGAUGAAUGAGAACAUGGUGCAUCACUAAAAACUUUCAGCUUUGGCUUUAUUAUCUCAGCAAUAUGCACAAAGCAAAUCCAAAUCACUAUUUUAAAAUCUUUUCCAUGAAUUUUGUGCCAUCUGGCUGUCUGUAUGGUCCCGCAAGGACGGAUCAGAGAGAUCCCUGUACAGUCGCACCUUUCGUCAGGAGUCGCCUCGAAGUCGUGUGUGUGUGUGGAGGGGUGAGGUAUGUGCUAUGUGAAGUUAUGAAGUUAAGUAUAUGAAGUUAUGUGUGUGUCUGUGUGUGUGUGCGUGUGUGUGCAUGUGUGCGUGUGAGAGAGUGUGUAGGGUGUGUGUGUUUAUCAUUUUAAAAACUUUGGCCUUUUUCAUGUUCAGAAUAAACCGGUUAGUCGACCUGAGUCAAAGUGAAACGCAGCAGCUCCAUGUUGUGACGAGGAGAAAAUAAAAUCUUUCAGGAGUAAAAACACAAAUGAUGGCGAGUCAAAUAUCACCAAAACCCGGUGUGACAAUGCAGAGUGCUCAGUCAAUGGAACAUCUAUCAAACUUCCGUUCUGAUCCGAGAAACAGACCACAGAAGGAGAGAUUAAACGUCUUUAGUGGGAAACAGCUGAAGUCCGUAUUCAAGGAUCUGGCACACAAAGCCAGCUCUGUGCUGAACAAGGAGCUGAACAGCUUUGAGAAGCUCCUGAGUCCAGAUUACCCAGCAUGCACUGAGGAAGAUAAGGAUCAGGAGUAUCUGCGGAGUGUCAGAAAGGGAGCGCUGAAGAUCGCACUGUACCUCUUGGAGAGCAUGAACCAAAACGAUCUCGCUGACGCACUGCGCAACAAGUCUCAGGCCUCAAAUCUCAAAUCCAGACUGAGGAAGAAGUGUAAAAGAAUUAAUGAAGGAAUCUCACAGCCUGGAAGCUCAGCUCGUCUGAAUGAGAUCUACACAGAUCUCCACAUCACAGAGGGGUGGAGUGGAGACGUCAAUAAUGAACAUGAGGUGAGACAGAUUGAGACAGCGUCCAGGAGACCAGCAGCACAGGAGACACCCAUCAAAUGUAACGAUCUCUUUAAAGACGAGUCCAUCAGAAGUGUUCUGACUAAAGGAGCUGCUGGAAUUGGAAAAACAGUCUCUGUGCAGAAGUUCAUUCUGGACUGGACUGAAGGAAAAGCAAAUCAGGACGUCACCUUCAUGUUUCCACUUCCCUUUAGAGAGCUGAAUCUGAUGAAGCAGAAACAUCUCAGUCUGAUGGAUCUUCUUCAUCACCUUUUCCCUGAAAUGAGAAAACUACAAUUAAUAGACUGUGACUCCUACAAAGUCCUGUUCAUCUUUGAUGGUCUGGAAGAGUGUCGACUUCCUCUAAAUUUCCAGAAGAAUGAGAGAUUGUGUGAUGUGACAGAGUCAGCCUCAGUGGAUGUGCUGCUGACGAACCUCAUCAAGGGGAAUCUGCUUCCCUCUGCUCUCCUCUGGAUAACCUCUCGACCAGCAGCAGCCAAUCAGAUCCCUCCUGAGUGUGUAGACCAGGUAACAGAGGUACGAGGGUUCAGUGAUCCUCAGAAAGAGGAGUACUUCAGGAAGAGGAUCAGUGAUCAGAGCCUGGCCAAUAAAAUCAUCACACGCAUGAAGUCUUCAAGAAGCCUCUACAUCAUGUGCCACAUCCCAGUCUUCUGCUGGAUCUCAGCCACUGUUCUAGAGAGAAUGUUGGGUGAAGCAGAGAGUGGAGAGAUCCCCAAGACUCUGACUCAAAUGUUCACACACUUCCUGAUCUUUCAGAUCAAACACAAGGACCAAAAGUACCCUCAGAAAUGUGACCCUGAUCCUCAGCAGACCAGAGAGAGUAUCCUGGCACUGGGGAAACUGGCUUUCCAACAGCUGGAGAAAGGAAACCGGAUCUUCUGUGAGGAAGACCUGAGAGAGUGCGGCAUUGAUGUGAGAGAAGUGUCGCUGUACUCAGGAGUGUGUACCCAGAUCUCCAGAGAGGAGUUUGGGCUUCACCUGUGGAAGGGAUUCAGCUUUGUACCGGAGUUUCUGGCUGCUUUAUACACAUUUCUCUCCUUCAUCAGCAGAAAUGUAACAGAACAGCAAACUACUGGUCUGUCUGAUCUUCUCACCAAGUCAGACAUGUCUGAUCUCCUGAGCAGUGCAGUGGACAAGGCCUUACAGAGUGAGAACGGACACCUGGACCUGUUCCUCCGCUUCCUUCUGGGUCUCUCACUGGAGUCCAAUCAGACUCUCUUACGAGUCUUAAUGCCUCAGACAGGAAGCAGCUCUCACAGCAAACAGGAAACAGUCGAGUACAUCAAGGAGAAGAUCAGGGAGAACCCAUCUCCAGAGAAAUCCUUCAAUCUGUUCCACUGUCUGAAUGAACUGGGUGAUGAUUCUCUAGUGCAGGAAGUCCAGCGUUACCUGAAGAGAAGAGGUGACAGGUGUCUCAGUGGAGUCAGACUCUGUCCUGCUCAGUGGUCAGCUGUGGUGUUUGUGUUACUGAGCUCAGGACAGGAUCUGGAUGUGUUUGAUUUGAGUAAAUAUGACCGAUCAGAGGAAUGUCUUCUGAAGCUGCUGCCAGUGGUCAAAGCCUCCAGAAGAGCGGAUCUGUACGACUGUAAUCUCACAGAGGAAAGCUGUAGAGCUCUAUCCUCAGUCCUCAGUUCAAACUCCUCCAGACUGAGAGAACUGAACCUGGGUUCGAAUAAACUGCAGGAUUCAGGAGUGACGCUGCUCUCUGCUGGACUGGAGAACCCACACUGUACACUGGAGACACUGAGAUUGUUUAACUGUGGUCUCACAGAGGAAAGCUGUAGAGUUCUGUCCUCAGUUCUCACCUCAAACUCCUCCAGACUGACAGAACUGGAGCUGAACAUCAAUAACCUGCAGGACCCGGGAGUGAAGCUGCUCUCUGCUGGACUGAAGAACCCACGCUGUACACUGGAGAUACUGAAGUUGUCUCAAUGCCGUGUAACAUGUGAAGGUUGUGUUGCUUUGGCUUCGGCUCUGAGAUCAAACUCCUCCUCACAGCUGAGAGAACUGAACCUGACCGGGAAUAAUCCAGGAGAUUCAGGAGUGAAGCUGCUCUCUGUUCUACUGAUGGAUUCACACUGUACACUGGAGAAACUAGAGUUGUCUAGCUGCAAUAUUAAAAGAGAUGAUUGUGUUGCUUUGGCUUCGGCUCUGAGAUCAAACUCCUCCUCACAGCUGAGAGAACUGAACCUGACCGGGAAUAAUCCAGGAGAAUCAGGAGUGAAGCUGCUCUCUGAUCUAAAGAAAUCUCCCCACUGGAAACUAGAGAAACUAGACAUUUAGAUGUAUUCCCUCAGCAGGACUGGACAGUGUGGAGUCUCCACUCCAACCUCUCCUACAGGCGCUAGAACCCGUCCCACGGGUCUAACAGAACCCUUCAUAAUCAGAUGUGGACGAUGCACAGCGUAGCUCUGUAUUUGAUCCGUUUACCCAGCGUGUAGCUGCUUAACCUGCUUCCAUUCAUUUAUUACAACACCACAGUGAGAAAUUUCCUUUUCCAUAAAAUCACCGAUUUAAAGAGAACUCGCGCCUCUUUUCAGUCUAUAAAUGUAUUCAUGCUAACAAAUACGCCGUUUAAUGUUCCGAUCAAACAUCCUCGCAUCUUCCGACAUCACCAGAGACAGCUUUACUACUCGGUUUUAAAUGGCAGUGCAAUGUUUAUUUACAACAGAGAUAUGAAAUAUAUUUUUAUGUACAGUUCUAUGCAUUUUUUAUACACUGUAUAUCCGUCUAAUACAUUUUUAUACACAUUCUGAUGUGUUCAUCUACAGUAUGUGAAAUAUAAAAUGAAUAAAUGGUGACUAGGACUAAAACACGACAAUGCAGCUGCUUGGGUUGUGUUUGAU